AACAAAAUUGAGAGCACGCCAUGUAAACAAUAACAAACACGUUUUGUUUGGUUGACGAUUCUGUGCAUUGUCCUGAAAUGUGGUUGAGUUUGGUUGCUGGAGUCCCGAGUUAUAAUUAAAAUUGCUUACGGUAUUUAACCUUGUACCUGUGUCAAAUACGUUCUAACCUGAGAUCACAAAAAUGACGAAGUUCCGAGAAAGUUGGGGAUCUGUGAAAGUCAUAAGCCAAAUCCCUCUCUGUGAGCUAUACACAAAAUGACGUUCUUUCAAAACUCAAUUCGGCCCAAAAUGCACGUGCGACAAGAUAGCACGAUAGCGAUGAAUUGCAUUUUAAAUUGCUUUCAGUGAUGUUCAUAUUUUUUACUAUGAAACUAACCAAUAACAUGAUUAUCCGAUUCUAACUGUUUUACUGAGGAUAUUUAAAAUAUACUCGAACGUUCAAAGUAAAAUUGAUGUGUAAUUUUGAUGUUGGAUAUGUGCUGGUUUUAAAAUUGGAAAUUAUUUUCUACCAAAACUUUUCAAAUUUGUCAUCCGAUUUUUUUUAUUUCUGCAAUUGGCAAACGAAUUGGACGAAAAAAAAAACAGCGAUUUCGUACACAAUUGCUCACAUUUCGCUUUUGAAACGACGAUGUUUUCGAAGCUUGUUGCAGACGUGCUUUCGUAACAGCCUUGGAGUUCCUUUAGGAUCGUGUACAACCCACAGAUCGCAGCUUGUCCUAUAUAUCUAUAGUUUUUGCCAUCACUGCACUCACAUCCACCUCAGUUUAUAGCAGUUUAUUCUUCGUGUUAUAAAAACGAUUGAAAAUCCCUAUACUAUUAAUCGCUCCAUUUUCAGGUACUCAUCGCUAGUCUGUCGCAGCUGUGAAUUUCCUUUUUUAACCCAAACUUUUGAAGCAAAAUUUUGCAAUAAUGAAUCAAAUUUUAUUCAUUCCUAACCGAAGCACAGCUGCAACAAAUUAAUAUCGUACCAUCAAUGACACUCUUCCACUAACAACGUUCUUUCGUUUUGGUCUGCUUCCCCGAAUGUGUUUUGUUCCAAAAACCUGCCGAUCCUUGCAGGUGCGACGCGUCCGGGACUACUCGACGGGCCAGCUGAACUGGGUGCGCGAGAACUACGUGUUCCAGCGCAACAAGAUCCGCAAGUUUAGCGCCCACCAGGCGUUACGACUGCGCGAGGGCUACAAGUACCAGCAGCAAACGCUCAACAAGGUGCUGGAGAAUCUGCCCAGCUUUUACUUCGAGAACUGCCGCGGCCGCAACGAGGACGACGAGGACUUUGAAGGAGCCCUGGCAGUGGACGAUGGCCCCUACCGGAAAUGGGAGCAAAUGACAAAACUGUGAUCGGAAAAAGCUCCAACGACAAUAUUUUAAUCGUACCCUCUGCAUACUCAACUCAACUCAACGACCGAACGAGCCGGGAAUGCGACGUGGAGUCCUGAUCCAGAUGUUCGGCCGACACAAACUCACAAUUCCAGUAGAAGUAGAACUUUUCCCUAGCAAAUCAACCCCAACCGCAUAAUUAGAGCGACUAAUUAA